AUGGGAAAUUUACAUUUUAGUGUUAAAUGCUACAUGGAACAGUUGUUAUCUGGGCUUGAGCACUGCCACUCUCGAGGUACAAUGCAUAGGGACAUUAAAGGUGCAAAUCUUCUGGUAAAUAAUGAAAGAGUUUUGAAGAUGGCUGAUUUUGGAUUGGCAAACUUCUGUGGUACUGGCCCUGUGGGGCACAGACAACCUCUAACCAGUAGAGUCGUCACUUUAUGGUACCGUCCUCCUGAACUUUUGUUGGGUUCCACGGAUUAUGAAGCCCCAGUGGAUCUCUGGAGUGUUGGUUGUGUAUUUGCUGAACUACUCCUCGGGAGCCCCAUCCUUCAGGGCAGAACUGAGGUUGUCAUUUUUGUUGACAAUUCUGGUGCAGAUACGAUUUUGGGUAUAUUGCCAUUUGCAAGAGAGUUACUACGACGUGGAACGCAGAUCCCUGAGGAUGCAAGAAGCAAUGCAUGGGUCUCAUUUGAUGGAAAGAGAAGGCAACAACUCUCAAGAGGUGAUUCGGUUCGGAUAUCAAUGAGCCAGCAUCCACUUCCAACAGUGAACAAGUCUGACCAAACGGGCGAUUGGUUUCACAGCUUGAUUCGAUGCUUGAAUUGGAACGAAAGACUGGAUCAGAAGGCCCUCUGAAACCUCUUCGACCCGGUAUAAAAUUUGUAUAAGUUAUUGUACAGAUUAUAACUUGAAAGAAUUACAUCUUUAGGAAGAUUAGAUAUAUUAUUCAUUUCAUCAAAUUGGCAUCUCACAUAAGAGUGUAGGGUUUGCCAUUUCUUUCUUUCAUCGUUCGCCUCCAUAUUUCAACCUUGAGGUUGUGGGUUCGAAUCUGACAAUGACGAGUUUGUGCAAAUAAUGUCGAAAGUUAGGUCUGUAUCCAAUUUACCCCUUUCAAACCACCAUAUAAUAAGGACUAAACUUGGUGUAAUUUUUUUAUAUUUCAGGGGUUAUUGUAUAACCACGUUUAAGUGCUAGUAAAGGUUUAAUUUUGCACCUCUCA